CACCUGGCAGAGAGUGGACAACGGCUGCUGCACUCUGUUGCUCAGUCUGUCGGUCUCUUGUGCUUCUUACUUUCCAUUUUCACUCACACUCCUCUGCCUCUCUGCUAUUUUUUUCGCCCUCCACCAGCCCUGCCCGAGUAGGCUCCUACUACGCCCGCUCUCGACGAUCUGAUCUCCGCUUCUGGCCCUCAUUCCCGCUCUCUGCUUCGUCUUCGUCUUCUACCCUAGCCGCCUGCGAACCCGCUCCCCUCGAAUUCGACUUGGCUUGCUCGCUCUUAUGUCCGAGGCUUGUCACCCCUGUUUCCUCCAUGUCACAUCCACUGGUGGCAGCCGUGUGGGAACAGCUAGGGCGCCGUGAUCUAGCGAAUAUCCUUCGCGAAAUUAUCGGCGAACAUGUGCUAGACAUCGCGGUAUCUCAGCCGGACGGCCAGUCCGCCUCCAUCGAACCACUCACCCGAACCGUUUUCUGGAUAAAGACCAUCUUCGAUGCGCAACGAACCUACCUUCAGGGCCUGGCGAGUGUCCACGAAUGCCACCCCUACUUCCUUCCUUACCUACUGCCAUCGGAGACGGUCUUCUCGACAUUGAUGUACCUGCUGAAGGUGAAGCUAGAGCUUUUCCCUUGCAACCGGCCAACCGAUCCAGAACUCGUCGGCUACCGACAUCUGAUCGCGCAUACUCUACUCGCUGGUACUCGAGUCCUACUGCUGCGCGGAGAAUCCAUUAACACUGAUAAGAAGUUUCGGUUCGAAAAAGCGAUGCGAGCUGCCUGGCGGAACUCGGACCUUUCAAAUGUUGAGCGGUUCCUCAUUAGUGAUCUCCUCCCCAAAGCAAUCGACUCUAUCGGCUCGACUGAGCUGUCAGCGACCCAGACACUUACAAUCGAUCGUGGAAAACCCUAUCUGCCGUCGUUCGCCGCAGGGCUGUAUCCAGUUUCGGGGGCGCCGGAGACCCUCAUCACAGACCUCCUAACAGGACUUAUGAAAAGUAAUGCCGACCAACUGGUUUCCUUCAAUUUGCUUCUCGACGUCCUCUGGGCAGUAGAUUCUGCCCUCAUCCAGUGUCACAUAGAUCGCCGUCGGAUUUCCCAAGAGCAAGGAUAUACGAGUUCCGCAGCGCUAAAGGUAGACGAGGCCUUCAAACAAGCACAAGAAGUCAAGAAGAAGUUGACUCGAACGGUACUGGCGGCCUACGAUGAUGAAUUCAAUACGGCGCCGCUUCAGGUAUUCGCCACCACUAUUCUAACGCAGACGGCCGAUGAUAGUCCUCCGCUACAAACACGAAGGAUUCGAGAUACUUGGUCGCAGCUCGCCCGCAUUCGGGAAUCAUGGGAACGGGCCCUGGGCCAAUUCGUUCGGUGGCUCAUCAACCGGCGGGUACAGAUGUGGGAUUGCAAUGGUGAACUCGAAGCAUUUUCGCACGACUAUCAACAGCAUUUGACCCAAUGGUUGCAAAACUCAUCGGCCGCCGACUUUGACCCCACGGCACCGAUCAAAACAGGCCGUUCUAGCACGGCAGUCUACGUCGUCAACUGCCCUGCGGUGCACCCUGUGCCGGGCGCAAUGUUGGAAGAACAAUUGAGAAGCCAUGAUCGAAAGGCUUAUGAGCAAUUCCAAGGAAACCCCGAAUUUCUGACAAUGGAUGUCACAUGCCCUCUAUGUCCUGGCAAAGCCCGUAUCCAACAUGCUCGUAUGAUAGAGCCUCUCGAACAGGUUUCUGACGCCCUACACCUCUUCUCGGACUCGGACGGUGAGGGACAGCCGUCUCUUCCAGACUCUGCUUCUCGAGCGACCACUUCAUGUUCGAGCUCGCUCAGCCAUUCUACAAGCCACUCAUCCCGUCUUGACUCGGUGGAGAUAGUGAAAAGUCCGACCUCACCAACACCUCCUGUGACAGCUGUUUCGAAAGCAAAUGGCAAGACUCCUAGUGUCACAACGUCAGAAAUCUUCAACCCCGUCUUGUCGCGAAGUCGGACCGACCAGUCAUUUGACAAGCAAGCGAUCAAGACUCUUUCCCGUGAUCUCAAGAAUGUGAAGAUACCUUUCUCGAGCGGGACUUCACUCUUCCGAAGAAACUCCUCGAAAGGGCAGCAGUUACCUCGCCAGCCCCGGUUUUGUUUCUCAGCCACCGGGAGCUGUCUGCUCUUCUGGGGUGCCGGAAGUAACUGGGUCAUGCGAUUUGAACUAGGCCAAGGCGAGGGCAAAAAACCGAAGAGUCACAAAUAUGACAUUCCGGGCGUGCAACAGGCUGCAGCAGGAGAUCAACGAUGUGCCGUCAUCGCUUCAGUAGGACAGCAUUACGAGCUCCUUGUUUUUGAAAACGACAGUGAUAUCCCAGAAGCCUAUUUGACUAUCGAGACUGAUCAUCAAUCAUUACCAAUUAGUUGUAUGGUCAUGUCUCGUAACGAUAGAUAUGUUGCCUUCACACUCAGAGACCAAGUUCGCGUCUAUGAGAUUUGCACCAGGACUAUCCAGAGAGUCUCCCUCGGCAGUGGAAUGGACCGCGUUUCGGACUUGGGCAACCGAUCCUUGAUGGGCUCGUUUUCUGGUGCUAAAGAGUCUGGCUUCGAGGCCCAGCGACAAGAGGCCGUGAUCGAAAGGAAGCUUCAAUUCUCUGCCGAUGGCAAACACUUUGUGAUUGCUACCCAUCUGGGUGAUCACUAUGCUUAUGUCGACGUCUGGAACUGCACGUUCCAGCAAUGGAAUAUAGUCCCUGAUAGCUCCAAGUCCUUCAAGCUUCCUUCUUGGACGACGAAUGAUGGGGAUUUGACUGGCGUGUACUACGAUAGCUCUCAUCAUGCGGUAUUAUUGACCGCAUUCUUCGGCAAGGAAUAUCCCUUGUCAUUUUCCAUGACAGACAACAAAAUCACCAAUGAUCCGUUCAGUACACGAAUCGUACAUGCAGCACAGUCACCAUCCGGCUCUCGCUUUAUAAUCGCAAAUGGCAUGUGCGAUAUCUAUCUAUGCGAUGCGAAGGCCUCUGGUGGUAUUAAUCGUUCCCGGUUGAAAAAGGCAUCGUACAAGAUGAAUCCAGCGGUAUUUCGGCCCGGACAACUCGCACUGGCGUUUCCCCAGGAGUAUGAAAUGUUAGCCUUCUGGGUGAAGACGGGAAAGUUGAUGCUGAGGACCGUGCGAAUGCAGGGGGGCAUUGAAAGCGUCAGUGAUUAUGACCUGCGACCCGACUAUGAUCGGCUGGUAGUCGAAAGACCGCCUGUUGCCGACUUUCAAACACAACGCAGACGGCAUUCACUAUUGUCGCAUGAACUGGUGGCGGAGAUCGAUGGCCUACCCUCAAUACCUCGGCCAGACCUACCCGAGCUGUCAUCCACAUAGGAAAAGAUUGACCGAGGGUGAGGUCUGAGUUCGGGGAGU